UUUGGAGAGACUUUGGGGUGGCCUAGUCCUAAGCCACCAUACCACACUUUUCACUACUACUCUCUCACCAGUGUGUGUGUAGAGUACUAGAGUGCUGUAUACUCAUACAAACACGUCUCAAAACCCCGUAACCGCUAAUUAACGUCCCUAUAUAUCUCAUCUACUUUUUUUGGCGGCACCAAAACCGCUUCUUCCCAUUCUCUCCACUCAACCUCCACAAACCAAAUCUCUCUAGAUUUUCUACUAUUUAGCAGUUACGUUCUAAGACAAGUCAAGUGAAAUUGGAGACAUUUUAAUGGGGAGUUCUGGCACCUUAUUUUCCUUGUCUAGCCUCAUGUGUGAAGAAGGUGAAGCUAGCUUCUUUGAGGACCAAGAUGAGAUUGAAAACCCUGGCAUUGAAUAUCUUGAUAACCCUUGUUUCGUUUUGGAGGAUGAAGAGGAAUACAUUGAGUAUUUGUUCAGACAAGAAACGAGAUUUGGAUCCCAGAAUCAUCAUUUUUUGGCCUCUGAUGAUCACUCAAACAGACACUGGUUGAGGAGUGCCCGUGUGGAUGCCAUUGACUGGAUUUUCAAUACACAAGCAAAAUUUGGGUUCAAAGUUGAGACGGCCUAUUUAUCAGUGACUUACUUUGAUCGGUUUCUUUCAAAGCGAUCCAUCGAUGAAUCAAGACCUUGGGCUAUUCGGUUAUUAUCUGUGGCAUGUUUAUCUCUAGCAGCAAAGAUGGAAGAACAAAAUGUGCCACCUUUAUCUGAGUAUCCAAUAGAAGAAUAUCGCUUUGAGAACAAAGUAAUUAAGAACAUGGAACUGAUGAUUUUGAGUACCUUGGAAUGGAAAAUGGGAUCAGCAACUCCUUUUGCCUAUUUGCAUUACUUUGUCGGCAAGUUCUGCCCUGGAUCCAAACCACAAACAAUAAUCACUAAAGCCAUUGAACAUAUUGUGGCCAUGGUCAAAGAUGUUAAUUUGAUGGAUCAACGACCAUCUAUAAUAGCCUCGGCUUCCAUAUUGGCAGCUUUUGAUGCUACAUUAACAAGAAAUGCAAUGGAUUUUCGAAUAAGUGUGAUCUCAUCGUGGGGAAAUAUAGAAAGUGGACAUGUGUUUUUCUGUUACAAUCUAAUACAGGAAAAGAAGAAAAGCAAAGUUAAGACCCCUUGUUCGAAUUUAUUAUCUACCCCAUCGGGCUCCACGUGUGUUCUUGAGAAUCAAUCUGACACUUCUACGGGUGCUAAGAGAAAACUUAGUUUUGAGGACAGUGAAAAUUGUGCGGGACAACAAAAGCUACAUCGGCCUUAGCUUGCUGCACCUCGCAGAGUUUGUGAUAUCUAUAAUACAGGGAAAAUUGAUUGGUAUUUACUGAUUGAUUGGAUUAUAGGAUAUUUUUUUCCUACUGAAAAAAUUAUUCUUGUUAGUUAUAGCCUUAUAGGUCUAAUGAGUGUCAUCCACCAUUUUGUGGAAUGAUUUGGAAUUGAUGAUUGGGGUUUUAUUUCCCGGUACCCAACAAAAAGUUUCCGCAGAGUGACAACAAAGAAGAUAGAGAAAAAAAAAGGAAGAGUAAAUAAAUAAAUAAAAAAGUGGUUAGCUACUUAGCUUUAAGGAGGGUGAAAUGAAAAAUGAGUGAAAGCUAUAUUGAGGACUACUUGUCCAUAGUGAGUUUGGGCAGUGUUUGCUUUCAUGAGCUGCUCCUAUUACAUUUCUACUUUUUUCAAGUGCAUUUUUUCUUUCACUUUAUUUUUUGUUGUGAUGGGAAUUAUUAUAUUUUUAUGUAUGUAUACGAUGAUGGCAAAUUGGCAAUAGCAACCCUACUUUGAUAGGGAGCUUGGGAUGCUUUGUAUGUCUUUCGAAAGGGUGAAAGCCGUGCAGAAUGGGGAAUUGGUUUUGUUUUGUUUGAUUUGAUGUAUCUGUGUAGCAUUUGGGUUGGGCCAUUGAUAAAGGUUGUAAAAGUUGAACGUGAUUAUGUGUUUGCUUGGGACGUGGGAGGCUCCUUUUCAGGAGAACUGGGAAACUUUCCUUUAACCGUUACUUCUUGUACUAUCAUUUAUUGAUAUUAUUACACUUACAACCCUAUAAAUGGUAGGGGUCAC